AUGGGGCGAAAGUCGCAGAAGUACCAGGUAGAUGAUGGUGGUGUCAAUACAACCCAAUGUGAUUGGAAUCGCAGUGAGCGGAUUGGUGAGACGACGCCGGAACUGGAUCUUAUUGGCGAAUGGCGGCGCGCGUUCCAACUGAGGACGCCAAAACGACACGAGCUCAAGCACUCGCAGCUCGACCGUUGA